AUGGAUGCGUUACGCUUCAAUUUAGCACAAAAACUUUGCUUUCAGUCUCAGUCUAUCCUAUUCAUACGAUCAACAGCGAGAACAACGGCAAACACCGGCAUCGAAAUGGAAGCUCUCACUGCGUGCGCUGUGGCUGCUCUGACCGUCUACGAUAUGUGCAAAGCAGUCACGCAAGAGAUGGUGAUUUGUGAUAUUCGAUUGGUCUCAAAGACUGGCGGCCGAUCCGUUCACAAAAUCGUCGGCGACUUUUGA